UUAACACAGCGUUAAGUUGUUGAGUAAUGAGUAAUGACAAUUUUCUAUGCUAAUAAAUAUUGAUGAGUAGUUGAGUGUAUUGUGUUGUAAGUAGUGUUUUCAAUACAACAAUUUGUUAUUAAUACUUCAUAAAAUGUAAUUCAUUUUUGAAAAUACUAAAAUGAUAAUGGAAUGCAUAAUUAAACUAUUUUAUUAUUUUAUUAUUAUUCACACCACAACAAACUUAAUCUAAGUAUUGUAGUAUUACAGUUUAUUCAACAUUUUAGUUUGUUGAUCGGUGACUAAUCAAAUAGCAAAUUUUUUGUAUUAGAAAUAAAUAUAUUAAUUAUGUGAAGUAAAUUUAUGUAAAACAUUUAAUACGGUUUUGUAUGACUGUAUAUCUUACCAACAACAUUGUUUAAUCUCAUAAUGGCCAAUACUGGUGUAUUGCCUUUUGUACGAGGUAUAGAUUUCAGUAACAAUGAUUUUAAAACAUCAAAAUUUCCUUCUGCUGUUAUGUCAAUGUCAAGUGUUCAAUGGCUGAACUUGAACAGGGUAAAAUUACAUGAAAUCCCAGAAGAAAUUGGAAAACUUGGAAAAUUAGAGCAUUUAUCAAUUGCACAUAAUAAUAUUGAAAGAUUGUAUGGAGAACUUACAGAACUAUGUUCAUUAAGGUCAUUAAUUGCUCGUCAUAAUUGCAUUAAAAGUUCUGGUAUACCUCAAGAACUCUUUUGCAACAAUCAAACUACAACCGAAUUGACAACAUUGGAUUUAAGCCAUAACCGAUUAACUAGAAUACCAGAUGGUUUAGAAUCAUCUUCAAGUCUACUAGUGCUGAAUCUAUCUCAUAAUAGGAUAAGUUCCAUUCCUAAUCAACUAUUUGUUCAUUUGACAGAUUUAUUGUCAUUAGAUUUAAGCAAUAAUGAACUACAAACACUUCCUCCACAAAUGAGAAGAUUAACAAAUUUGCAAACAUUAAUGUUAAAUAAUAACCCAUUAGAUCACUUUCAGUUAAGACAAUUACCAUCGAUGAAAAAUUUAACAACGCUACAUAUGCGCAAUACUCAUCGAAAUUUAACUAAUAUGCCUCCAAGUCUUGAAACGUUGACAUCUCUAACAGACUUGGAUUUGAGCUGUAAUCAACUACCAAAAGUACCAGAUGCUCUUUAUACCUUGACUAAUUUAAAAAGAUUAAACCUGUCAUCAAAUCUUAUCAUAGAGCUUUCAUUGGCAUUAGAGGUUUGGCAGGAACUUGAAGUUCUUCAACUUUCCGACAAUGAAUUGACAUCUUUACCAGCUUCACUUUGUAAGCUAUCAUCACUUAAACGGUUAUAUGUAAACUACAAUAAACUUGAUUUUGAUGGUAUUCCUUCUGGAAUUGGUAAAUUAUCUGCAUUGGAAGUCUUUUCUGCUUGUGGGAAUUUAUUAGAAAUGAUUCCAGAAGGUUUAUGUAGAUGUGGUAGCCUAAAAAAACUCUUGCUUGGCUCUAAUAAACUAAUUACGUUACCUGAUACGAUUCACUUAUUAAAAGAUAUAGAAGUACUUGAUUUAAGUAAUAAUCCACACUUAAUAAUGCCACCAAAACCUACUAGUAUGGCAACUGAUGGAUUGCAAUUUUAUAAUAUUGAUUUUUCUCUACAAAACCAAUUGAGACUUGCUGGAGCUGUAGUUCCGAAUUCUAUACAGCCAACUCAAGCUUCUAGCCGUGAUCCAAUUGCUCGUAAAUUAAGAUUACGGAGAAGUAAAAGGGAUCAUGAAGAAGAAAAACAAGCAAAAAUUCUUAAAGGUAUGCAAGACAUAGCAAAUGAUAAAAACAAUGAAACUUUUGAUGAUUGUAUAAAAGCAGAGUCAUUAAAACCUAAAAGAUGGGAUGAAGGAUUAGAAAAGCCUGCGGUUGAUUACGGUGAAUUAUUUGAAGAUGGAACUGGUAGACUCCCUGGCCUUAGUGUUUGGGAAAUAGAAAAUUUUUUGCCAAACUUGGUUGAUGAAGUAGCUUAUGGAAAACUUUAUAGAGGAGAUUGUUAUAUUGUUCUACACACAACUAUUAAUGUUUCAUCAGAUAGUUUAUGUUGGAAAAUUUUUUUCUGGAUUGGAGAUAACGCUUCUCUUGAUAAACGAGCUUGUGCUGCUAUACAUGCUGUUAAUUUAAGAAACUUUUUGGGAGCUGAAUGUAGGACUAUACGUGAAGAAUUAGGUGAGGAAUCAGAAGAGUUUUUAUCAUUAUUUGAUUCACCGUUGGUUUAUAUUGAUGGAGGACGUACUGCUAGUGGAUUUUAUACAGUUGAAGAUAUUACUUAUUUUACACGCAUGUUUAGAGUACAUGCUCAUGGAACUUCUGUUCAUUUAGAACCAGUUAAAUUAUGUUAUACAUCCUUGGACAUUGGAUAUGUAUUUAUUUUGGAUGCUGGUUUAUCAAUUUUUCUAUGGCAAGGUACUAAAGCAAAGAACACACUUAAAUCAAAGGCGAGAUUAUUGGCUGAAAAAAUUAACAAAAAUGAAAGAAAAAAUAGUGCAGAGAUAUUUAUUGAAGAAUUUGGCGAAGAAAGUAAAGAAUUCCGUGAUUUGUUACAAAUGGAUGAUACAUUUGACUCUUCUAUUGAUAUUCAAGCUAAUGUGGAUGAAAAUUUUGAACCACCAUGUCCUCGUUUAUAUCAAGUUAAAUUGGGUAUGGGCUACUUGGAACUGCCUCAAGUUGAAAUAUUACAUAAUACUUUAGAGCAUUCGCUUUUAAAUUCCAAAAAUGUAUAUAUUCUUGAUUCAUCUACUGAUUUAUACGUUUGGUUUGGAAAAAAGUCAACACGGUUGGUGAGAGCGGCUGCUGUCAAGCUCUCUCAAGAAUUAUUUGCUAUGAUUGAACGUCCAGAUUAUGCAUUAACAAUGCGUAUUCAAGAAGGAAAUGAACAUCAAAUCUUUAAAAUAAGAUUUGUUGGGUGGGAAGAAGUUAUUGCAGUAGAUUUUACGCGGACUGCAGAAUCUGUUCAAAAAACUGGUGCAGACCUAACUAAAUGGGCUAUGAAACAAGAAACUAAACAUGAUUUAGCAGCAUUAUUUACUCCUCGUCAACCACCAAUGUUGUUUAACGAAGCAUUACAACUAAUGCAAGACUGGAAUGAUGAUUUAGACCAAAUGGAGUCUUUUGUUUUGGAAGGGAAAAAAUUUGUGAGAUUACCUGAAGAUGAACUAGGACAAUUUUAUAGCAAAGAUUGUUAUGUAUUCUUGUGUCGUUAUUGGGUACCUGUUGAUGAUGAAGAAGGAAAUGAAGAUAAUAUAUCAGAUGGUCAGCCUGAAGAUUUCCAAUGUGUUGUAUAUUUUUGGCAAGGACGAGAUGCGUCAAAUAUGGGUUGGCUGACAUUUACUUUUAGCCUAGAGAAACAAUUUAAAGCUAUGCUUGGCGAAAAGCUAGAAGUAAUUCGUACUCAUCAACAACAAGAAAAUAUUAAAUUUUUGUCUCAUUUUAAAAGAAAAUUUGUUAUACAUUCUGGUAAAAGAAAAGUUAAACCACCACCAGUACAACUUUAUCAUUUAAGGUCUAAUGGUAGUGCACUCUAUUCAAGACUUAUUGAAAUAAAACCAGAUGCAAGAAAUUUAAAUUCAGCAUUUUGUUAUAUUUUAAAAGUAAAAUUUGAUCAAGAAGAUUCUAAUGGAAUUGUAUAUUUAUGGGUUGGAUCCAAAACUGACCCAGAAGAUAUAAAAUUAGCUGAAGAAAUUGCUGAUGAUAUGUUUAAUGAUGCAUGGACUAGUUUACAAAUAAUAAAUGAAGGAGAAGAACCCAAUAACUUUUUCUGGGUAGCAUUGGGCGGUGAAAAGCCUUAUGAGCAAGAUGCUGAAUAUAUGAAAUUUACAAGAUUAUUUCGAUGUUCUAAUGAAAAAGGAUAUUUCACUAUAUCAGAAAAAUGUUCAGAUUUCUGUCAGGAUGAUUUAGCUGAUGAUGAUAUAAUGGUGCUUGACAAUGGGGAGCAGGUAUUUUUAUGGCUUGGUGCUAGAAGCAGCGAAGUGGAAAUAAAAUUAGCUUAUAAAUCUGCUCAG